AGGGCGGAAGCAGAGGACCCGGAGGGCGGAAGCAGCGGACCCGGGAGACGGCUGCUUCCGGCGUCAGCGGCGCUGUCGCUGCCUCCGCGCUAUGGCUGCGUUGGGUUGGCAGGUCUCGGCUUGGCACCGCCUGAUCCCCCUCACCUGGUCCCUUAUUGCUAGGCAGACUGCUCAGCUUGGAGAACAGAAGAGGACGACUGCUCUUUUGCUGCGUAAACUGACAACGGUCUCCAGCGGGGGGGACCUCGGGGAGUCACCCUUUGUUGAACCCCAGAAGUGCGCGCAAGAACCAGAGCACAGGACGGGGCUGACUCAGUGCCUCCUUGAGAAGCAGAGGACGGCUGUGGAGCGAGGGAAGAUCGUCAGUUCCCUCCUGGACAUGGGUUUCAGUGACGUCCAUGUUAACGAACUGCUCAGUAUACAGCCAGGUACCCACCCCCAGCAGUUGCUGGACAUCAUUUCAGAAUUAAUACUCCUGGGUCUGAAUCCAGAGCCUGUGUGUGUGGCCUUCAAGAGAAGUCCUCAGUUACUGAAACUGCCUAUCAUGCAAAUGAAGAAGCGCUCCAGUUACCUGCGAAAGCUGGGGCUUGGAGAAGGGAAAUUAAAGAGGGUGCUUUACUGUUGCCCUGAAGUUUUCACCAUGCGUCAGCGGGACAUUGAGAUCAUCGUCGGGGUUCUCAAGGAGAAGUGCCUUUUCACGGUAAAGCAAGUCACCGAGAUUUUGCACAGAUGCCCCUGUGUUCUUCGGGAGGACCCUGGUGAACUGGAGUACAAAUUCCAGUAUGCCUACUUCAGGAUGGGGAUUAACCAUGUGGACGUGGUGAAGACCGACUUCCUGCAGUACUCCAUGACCAAGACCAAGGAGAGGCACGUGUUCCUGGAGCGCCUGGGCCGGUACCAGACCCCCGACAAGAAGGGGCAGACGCUGGUCCCCAACCCUUUACUCAAGGACAUCCUCAGGGUGUCAGAAGCUGAGUUUCUGGCCAAGACAGCCUGUUCUUCAGCUGAGGAGUUUGAGGUUUUUAAGAAACUCUUGGCCCGGGAGGAGGAGGAGUCUGAGGGCCGUAUGGCUGACGACGAAAGUCUGGAGGAGGAGGAGGAGGAGCCGGAGGAAGGGGAGGAGCGGGAGCCGUGAUGGACAGACUGGAGUGAAAAGAGCCCAGCGAGAUCAAAGGGGGACGCCGGUUUGAUCCCUGGUCGGGGAACUAAGAUCCCACAUGCCGCAGGGCGACUAAGCUGGCGCGCUGCAACUACUGAGCCCAUGCACUCUGGAGCCCGCGUGCCACGACUGGCGAGCCCACGUGCCGCCAGUAAUGAAUGAGCCCAUGCACCACAACUAGAAGAAAGCCUAUGCACUGCAGUGAAGAGCCUGCACGCUGCAACGAAAGACCCCGAGUGCCCCAACUAAGACCCAACGCAGCCAAUAAAUAAAUAAAUAAAUGAAUAUUUUU